AUGUCUUUUGGCACCAGCACAAAAAUCGGCUUCUCUGUGCGGGACAUCCUGGAUCUCCCAAACGCGACCGGAAGAUGCGGCUCCGGGACCGAGGAGACCGAGGAGGACGACGCCGAGGAGGCCCCCGCGGAGGCUUCAGGGUCGAAAAACGCGCAGAAAUUGGAUUUUAAGGAACGGAGUUUCUGCGAGCGCAGCGGCGGAAGCUACGGCAGGUGGAGCCGCGGAUCCGUACACGGCCUUUCUUUAGAGUCCCGUAGCGAGCCCAAAUCUCCCGAGCUCUCCACGGACGAGUCCCCGGACGCAGAGCGGGAUCCGGCGAGCGGCGCGGCGCCGAAGAGCCGCGGCAGGAAGCGGCGGGUUCUCUUCUCCAAGGCGCAGACCUUCGAGCUGGAGCGCCGCUUCCGGCAGCAGCGCUACCUGUCCGCUCCGGAGAGGGAGCACCUGGCCGGGCUGAUCCGCCUCACCCCGAACCAGGUGAAGAUCUGGUUCCAGAACCACCGCUACAAGAUGAAGCGGGCCCGGGUCGAGCACAGCUUGGAGGCGCUGCAGCUGCUACCGGCCCGCCGUGUCGCCAUCCCGGUCCUGGUGCGGGACGGGAAGCCAUGCGACCGACUUACAGCGCAGGACGUGGAGGUGACGCUCAGGUCCGGCCUGAGUCUGCCUCUGUGUGCCUACUCUCCGCUGCUGCACCCCGCCUACGGCCCGGACCACCCCGGGCUGCCGCAGCAGCACCUGGGAGUGCAGCAGCUGGCGCCCAUGUACCACUGGAGCUGGUGA